AUGGCUGUGCCAAUAUAAGUAUUCAAAUAUUAUCCAGUUGAUUCUGUUUGGCAAAUACCAGAAUCAGCAAUUUUUAUGUUACAUUCAGAAUUUACCAAUAUAUUAAGUGUGGUUUGA